AUGGCCAGCCCAGUCACUCACAUUGCCCCGGCAGAUGCCGACAGCUUCGACUAUGUCAUUGUUGGCGGUGGUACGGCCGGCUGUGUGAUUGCUAGCAGGCUGGCGGAGUAUCUUCCACGGAAGAAGAUCCUGCUCAUCGAGGCCGGCCCUAGCGACUACAUGGACGACCGUGUUUUGAAGCUGAAGGACUGGCUGUGCUUGCUGGGCGGUGAAUUCGACUAUGACUAUGGCACGACCGAACAGCCCAUGGGUGAGUUUGCAGGCAUUGACUUGAGAAGUAACAGCCACAUUCGCCAUUCUCGGGCAAAGGUGCUGGGAGGCUGCUCAAGCCACAACACCCUAAUUUCCUUCCGUCCGUUUGAAUACGACUGCAAAGUGUGGGAGAGCAAAGGCUGCAAGGGCUGGAGCUUCGACACCUUCACUCGUGUGAUCGAUAAUCUCCGCAACACCGUGCAACCCAUCCACGCCAGGCACCGCAACCAGCUCUGCAAGGACUGGGUGCAGGCCUGCUCGACCUCGCUCAAUGUCCCCAUUAUUCCCGACUUUAACAGAGCCAUUCGCUCCGAGGGCAGACUGACCAAGGGAACCGGCUUCUUCUCGGUGUCUUAUAACCCGGAUGACGGCCGCCGCAGCAGCGCCAGCGUUGCCUACAUCCACCCCGUCUUCAGCGGAGCGGAGAAGAAGCCCAACCUCACCGUCCUGACUCACGCCUGGGUGUCCAAGGUUAAUGUCAGCGGAGACACCGUGACCGGAGUUAACGUCACUCUCCAGUCAGGCGCCAAACUGACCCUUUGCCCCAAGCGGGAGACCAUCCUCUGCGCUGGCGCAAUCGACACCCCCCGUCUCCUCCUGCUCUCCGGCAUUGGACCACGCGAGCAGCUCUCUGCGCUCUCCAUCCCUGUCGUCAAGGACGUACCUGGUGUGGGAGAGAACUUGGUCGACCACCCCGAAACCAUCAUCAUGUGGGAGCUCAACCAGCCCGUUCCACCAAACCAAACCACCAUGGACUCUGAUGCAGGUGUCUUCCUUCGCCGCGAGCCCAUCAACGCAGCCGGAUUCGAUGGUGACUGCGCCGAUAUCAUGAUGCACUGCUACCAAAUCCCAUUCGGCAUCCACACCGGCCGUCUGGGCUACGACGUCCCCGCCAACGCCUUCUGCGUCACCCCCAACAUCCCCCGCCCUCGCUCUAGAGGCAGACUCUACCUCACCUCUGCCGACCCAACCGUCAAGCCAGCCCUUGACUUCUGCUACUUCACCGACCCAGAGGGUUACGACGCUGCCACCAUCGUAGCUGGUCUCAAGGCAGCCCGUAAGAUCGCCGAGGAAGAGCCAUUCAAGAAAUGGAUCAAGCGUGAAGUCGCCCCGGGCCCAGCCACCACCACAGACGAGGAAUUGAGCGCCUACGGCCGAUCAGUCCAUCACACCGUCUACCAUCCUGCUGGCACCACUAAGAUGGGAGACGUCCAGAACGAUCGUAUGGCCGUCGUCGACCCAACCCUCAAGAUCCGUGGACUCAAGAAUGUCAGAAUCGCAGACGCCGGCGUCUUCCCUGACAUGCCUAGCAUCAACCCCAUGCUUACCGUCCUGGGCGUUGGUGAGCGCGCAGCUGAGCUGAUUGCCGAGGAAGCAGGAUGGCGCCCAUCUUCCUCUCGUCUGUAA